AUGUCUGCAAUCGUUGUUAGGAGUGAAUUUUGGAACAAUCCAAUAAUCCAGUUCUUAAGAAACAUUGUCCCAAAGACAGUAACAUUCAGAGAAUCGAAAGGAAUCAGUGUUGAUAUUCUCGUUCCUUUCUGUAAUUCGAUAUCAUUCUAUUUUGUCGAUGCAUCAAGUAUCGAUAGUUCGACAUUCGUCUAUCUUAACAGAAUUGUUUCAUCGUUCAAGUCAACAGUCGUCAUCGCGAAAGUUGAAGAAAGAAACAUGAACAAUUACACUUCUUUGUUAUCGAAUGCACCAAAAUCCAUAUCAUGCAUUACUUAUUUCAACACAAAAGGAUUCGAGAAAGCGAGUGCAAACUUCGUUUUCGAAAUCAUCGAAAAUUCACAACGCGCACAAAGAAACAUUUCGAGUAUGAUUGAAGAACGAAGACGAAAUCUCAUGAAUCCAACAGAAACAGCAAAAUCCGUAAUCACAAACGUAAUUCAAGACGAAGAGAAGAGGAAAGAGAUAUUCAACAUUCUCUCACAGAAAGGUAUGACACUACGAACAUCCCUUUUGAAAGGAGUUCCUGAACUAUUCCAAUACAACUUCUUUCUUCAACCUUCUUUAAACAAUAAUUGA